CUACAGGAAAACCAAGACACAAAGCUCUGUGCAGAUGGUGCAAACACGGGACUCUUCCUACUACUAGCCCAUCACUAUCCUCUAUUCCUUAGAUUGGACUUUACCAUCAUAACUCACAUAUCCGGUCAUCUUUGGGUUGUUUUUUUUGUGUCGAUCCCAAAGCCAAGGAUCUGCUAAACAUGACAGAACUCACGUCAUGCAAGACACGUGGAGUUGGAGUCUUUUGGGAGCUGAGGAAACGGCUCCUGAGUGGACUUCUUAUUGUCAGGAAGGAGGUGGCCGGAGCUGCUGAUGAUGUGCUUGUAACCGGAGGAGGGUCCUCUCUUGUGGUCAGGACUCCCAGAGGGCAGCUGGAGCUGGCAUUGCCCGCUGGAGUCAGCUUCACGGAGGGGUCCUGCAUCCCAACACCUGGAGAAUCCAGUGCAGAGGAGCUGCACUUCAGGCUCCGCAUCACUGUUGAGCAGAGCUCUCAUAAAGAGGCGUCUGACUGUGUGACGGAGAGUCUCCGAGCAAAAGAGACGUAUUGCUUCUACUGCCAGGGCUGCAUGACCCGGCUGCUGGAGGACAGAGUGUUCAAGCGGGUUCUUCCUCUCCCUAACGGCAGCUGGAACGCCAUUGUGGACGACUGGUGUUGCCACCCGGAUCCAUUUGCCAACAAGAAGUUAUUGCCUCGAGCUGAAGAUUGUUUAUUGGGUGACACCUUCGUCCUUUUAGCCCGAGAUAGCAGCUGUACUCAGACUCUGACUGAAGAAGUGAGUCCUGUUGGAACAGAACACACACAGGAUCAAAAGAAAGCUUGUCGCCGUGUGACAUUUAUCUCCUGCGCGAGCUGCUCAUCAGUCCUGGGAGAGGCCGUGUCACCAGAAGCGCUGAAGCUCUACAUUACACAAGUGGUUGUGGAGCCCGCUGUGGGGGACCCAAAACCAGAAGCUGCACAAAGCAGGUUUCACUUCCUUGAAAGGACAAUAGCAACCAGACUGCUUAACCUGUCAAACUCCCUCAGUACUUUCCACUUCUCGGUUCAAACACCUGACGGAAAUGCCUUCCUGCUCCUCUGGCUGCUGAACAGCGACUCCAUCGUUGCCUCAGUCCCAGAGAAGUGCGUCGGGAAUGACAGCAGCUCUGCGGUUCACAGUUCACCGCUCCGAGCUGCCAGAGCCCUGAAACUCCUCUACAUCACCUGCUCAGAUGCAGACGUCCCACAAAGAGAGGUUGUUUCUCAUUGGGAGGCGAGUAUCAUCGCACACCCCCUGGUGCUGCCGCUGAGCGUCUGUGAGGAGCUGCAGCGGGUGAUCAAUCACAGCAACUCAGAGCUUCCUUCAUCCAUGCGCUGCAUGAGGUCCUACGAGGUUGCGUACCUGCGACUGUGAUGUCGGAGGACAGAGCCAGUCGGGACUCCAUACAGCACUCCUGCACUGGAAAGGCCAAUCGAAUAAUGGAUCCAAGGACUUUAAGACAACUUAAACUAUAAAAGUGUUAACAGGACAAGCCAAAGCUGCACUGUGGACAUAAACAGAGCGUCAUAUAUUUUUUGUUUUUUAAGGCACCCUCUAAUAUCCACGCAGCUCAACCUGUUUAGCAGAUCUUUACUAAGAGGACAUCUAGGAGAGGAAUCUCUCAGACUUGUUUGUAGCUCAGAAUUCCUCAGCAGGGAAGCUUGCAGCAGAAAAAGACGCAGAGAGCAUGCUCAGUCUUGUUUCGAUUCUUUAACCAUAGUUUCUGGUUGCCCUUUUUUGUUACCAGGCUGCAUGACUGAAGAAUAUACCCACACAAUCAAAACACUUUUUCUUUUUUUUUCAAAAUUGUGAAAUUGUUGUGCAUUCUUCUGGUAAUUGAUAUAAUUUAUCUUCUGGAAAAAAGACUAAUGUCUCAGUGGGACAUUAAUCCUCUGCAUCUUUUCUUAAAAGAUGGAAAUCUUUAUCAUAUUCAAAGCUUUUUAGAGAUUAAAUCAGCUACAAAAUACAAUACUUUGCACAAAGUAAAACCAGAGAAGCCAUCGAAACAAAAGUUCUUUCAAAAAAUACAUCCUCAUUUUCAAGGCUAAUGCCAGCAGCAUGUUUCCAGCAUUUGGGAUCUGCAGCAUGUUUGCCUGCGUCUUACAUCAGCUGCAUUGGUGACUGCCUCUGUAAGCACUUGGGAGCUGAAAAGACGAAAUGCUUCCAACUCCUGCUCGUUAUAAUUUGAGCUGCCGGACAGUGAAGGGCCUCCUUUGUCUUCUUUUUUUCCUAACUUGUCAAAUGCUACAGUAGUUGUCAGGUCUGCACUCUGCACAUGUCUGAUUAGCAGCUAAACUUGUUCAGGUGCAGAGUUGUUGUUUUUUUUUACUGAAUUUUGUUAGUGUUGCAAAAAAAAGACUGAACAAGGCCAAAUACAUUUUUGUUUGUUUUAAUAAGAAAAAACUUUGUAGUUUUCUUUUUUAAUAAACCUUUUUAUCAAAUAAUCUUUAUGCCAUCAGCUGUUCCUCCUUCAUCUCUUUGUCUUUUAGAUAGUUUGCACCUCUUUCUAUUUCUCCAUGAGUUACUGUAUCUGCUUGAGUUGCAUAAUGAAAGAUCCUGCACACCUGCUCAAGUUGCAAAAAAUCUAAAUAAGAAUUCUUAAAAAACCUAGAAGCCAUUAUACUGUUUAAAGGCUUUGCUUUGACAUCAUUUGUAUUUUUUUCCGACAGUUAUAAACCAAUGCUUUCAUCACUACUAUGUCUGAUAGAAAAUCCGUCCACAAAAAUCCUCACACUUCAUCAUAAAAACCUUUUACACUUAUUACUGUUGAGAAGUAGAAACCAGUGACUCCAUGCACAGAAAGCUAGAUGGGUGGCAGCUAACAGAAGGAAUAUCUGCUGUAGGAAGAGCGUUUUACAGAUUCAGGUGACAUUCUGUUACUAAAGCUCCCACAACACAUAACCAUCAAGACCACUUUGUUAAGAACAAAGCUCUUCUUUGGCAAAUGUUGCUUAGUCCAUGAGUUUAGUCGAAUAGUAGAACCAUUGAAAACCUCCAUAGCUCUUAUGUCAUUAAAAAUUUAAACUGCAUCCACUGAUGUCUACAGUAAAUAUUUUAAACAAAAAAUGACUAGCAUCAUUUACAGUCACAAACAACUUCAUAUUAAGAAGCAAAACUGCUGUUUGAGAAAAGACUCGGAUUUGGGUUGUUUGAUUACGUUAAUUGUAAAAAAAAAAA